AUGCCCAUCACCCAGGACAAUGCCAUGUUGCACCUGCCCCUCCUCUACCAGUGGCUGCAGAACAGCCUGCGGGAGGGUGGGGAUGGCCCAGAGCAGCGGCUCUGCCAGGCGGCCAUCCAGAAGCUGCAGGAAUACAUCCAGCUGAACUUUGCUGUGGAUGAGAGUGUGGUCCCACCUGACCCCAGCCCCCCAGGCAUGGAAAUCUGCACUGUGUACCUCACCAGGGAGCUGGGGGACGCAGAGACUGUGGGCCUCAGUUUUGGGAACAUCCCUGUUUUCGGGGACUAUGGAGAGAAGCGCAGAGGGGGCAAAAAGAGGAAGACCCACCAGGGCCCUGUCCUGGAUGUUGGCUGCAUCUGGGUGACAGAGCUGAGGAAGAACAGCCCGGCAGGGAAGAGUGGGAAGGUCCGACUGCGAGAUGAGAUCCUCUCACUGAACGGGCAGCUGAUGGUCGGAGUUGAUGUCAGUGGGGCCAGUUACCUGGCUGAGCAGUGCUGGAAUGGCGGCUUUAUCUACCUGAUCAUGCUGCGCCGCUUCAAGCACAAAGUCCAUUCUCCUUAUAAUGGCAACAGUAGCAACAGCUCUGAACCAGGAGAGACACCUACCUUGGAACUGGGUGACCAAACUGUGAAAAAGGGGAAACGAGCAAGAAAGUUUGGGGUCAUUUCCAGGCCUUCUGCCCAGAAGACCACUGAAGAACCCAAGAGCAGCCUUGGCUGUGAGUUGGACAAUGACCCCAUCUCUGAGCUGGACAAUGGCCCAGACCCUGAACUUGGAAAUGGUCAUGCUUUUGAGCUAGAAAAUGGCCCAGAAUCUCUCAAGGAACUGGCUGGAUCCCAUCUAGACAGUUCAGAAGCAGACAGAGGGGCAGAGCAUAGCAUUCCAAAGACAGAUGCUUCUCUACCCACAAGCAAUGACAAACGCCGCUUCUCAAAAUCUGGGAAGACAGACUUCCAAUCAAGUGACUGCCUGGCACGGGAGGAAGUUGGCCGGAUAUGGAAGAUGGAGCUGCUUAAAGAAUCGGAUGGGCUGGGAAUUCAGGUUAGUGGAGGCCGAGGAUCAAAGCGCUCACCUCACGCUAUCGUUGUCACUCAAGUGAAGGAAGGAGGUGCCGCUCACAGGGAUGGCAGGCUGUCCUUAGGAGAUGAGCUGCUGGUAAUCAAUGGUCACUUAUUGGUGGGGCUCUCCCAUGAGGAAGCUGUGGCCAUUCUCCGCUCCGCCACUGGAAUGGUUCAGCUGGUGGUAGCCAGCAAGGAAAACUCUGUCGAGGACCUCCUGAGGUUAACAUCUAAGAGUUUGCCUGAUCUGACCAGUUCAGUAGAGGACGUGUCCUCUUGGACCGACAACGAAGACCAGGAGCCAGACGGGGAAGAAGACGAAGGACCCAGCUCAUCUUCUGUCCGGGGAACAAUGCCUGCAUCAGAUGAGCCCCAAGAUUCUGGUGGCCCCGAGGAAUCCAAGGGAAACCUGGAAAGUCCCAAACAGGGCAGCAGUAAAAUGAAGCUCAAGAGUCGUCUUUCAGGGGGUGUACACCGGCUAGAGUCUGUUGAAGAAUAUAAUGAGCUAAUGGUGCGAAAUGGGGACCCCCGGGCCAGGAUGUUGGAAGUCUCCCGAGAUGGCCGAAAGCACUCUCUUCCCCAGCUACUGGACUCUACGGGAGCAUCACAGGAAUACCAGAUUGUAAAGAAGUCCACGCGCUCCCUAAGCGCCACUCAGGUGGAAUCUCCUUGGAGACUCAUUCGACCAUCGGUCAUCUCGAUCAUCGGGCUGUACAAAGAAAAAGGCAAGGGCCUUGGCUUUAGCAUUGCUGGAGGUCGAGACUGCAUUCGAGGACAGAUGGGGAUUUUUGUCAAGACCAUUUUCCCAAAUGGAUCAGCUGCAGAGGAUGGAAGACUUAAAGAAGGGGAUGAAAUCCUUGAUGUAAAUGGAAUACCAAUAAAGGGCUUGACAUUCCAAGAAGCCAUUCAUACCUUUAAGCAAAUCCGGAGCGGAUUAUUUGUCUUAACGGUACGCACAAAGUUACUGAGCCCAAGCCUCACGCCCUGCUCCACACCCACACACAUGAGCAGAUCCAGCUCCCCAAACUUCAACACCAGCGGGGGCAGCUCAGCGGCAGGCUCUGAUGAAGGCAGCUCUUCGUCCCUGGGUCGGAAGGCCCCUGGGCCCAAGGACAGGAUUGUCAUGGAAGUAACACUCAACAAAGAGCCAAGAGUUGGAUUAGGCAUUGGUGCCUGCUGCCUGGCUCUGGAGAACAGCCCUCCAGGGAUCUACAUUCACAGCCUGGCCCCAGGCUCAGUGGCCAAGAUGGAGAGCAAUCUGAGCCGCGGAGAUCAAAUCCUGGAAGUGAACUCGGUCAAUGUCCGCCAUGCUGCUUUAAGCAAGGUCCAUACCAUCCUGAGCAAAUGCCCCCCAGGACCCGUUCGCCUUGUCAUCGGCCGGCACCCUAACCCAAAGGUUUCCGAGCAGGAAAUGGACGCAGUGAUCGCACGCAGCACUUAUCAGGAGAGCAAAGAGGCCAGCUCCUCUCCAGGCUCAGGUACCCCCUUGAAGAGUCCCUCUCUUGCAAAAAAGGAUGCCCUGAUUUCUGAACCCGAAGCCUCCCAGGACUUUGCCCACGGUGUCCCAGGCUCCCUGUCAGACCUCGCGGUGGCCGGCUCUGAGGACGAGGACCCCCCAGGCAGCGGCUGCAGCACCUCUGAGGACAGUGGCCCGCCAGCCAGCACCUCUACUCACAAAAAGCCAGGAAAACCCAGGGCCAACAGCCUCGUGACGCUAGGAAGCCAGCGGGCCUCUGGGCUCCUCCACAAGCAGGUGACGGUUGCCAGACAAGCCAGUCUCCCUGGGAGCCCGCAGCUCCUCCGGACCCCGCUCCUCCGCCAGAGGAGGGUGGGGUGUUACGACACGGACGAUGCCACCGACGAGGGAGAGUUUGACGGGGAAGGGGACUGCAUUUCCCUCCCGGGGUCCCUCCCCGGUCCCAGCAGGCCUCUGGCGGAGGAUGACUCACGGCACAUCUUGAUGACCUCUUUCAAGGUCAUGGGUAUCAACAGCCGGGGGGCACAGCCCCAGAAAACCAUGGUCAGCAAGGCCUCCUCAGUGCCUCUCCUCGGCAGCUCACGGGACUCAGAGGAGAGUGUCCCAGAGGGUGUGGGGGACACUCCUCCCCAGGCAGCCAACCUGUUGGCCUCUGCAGUAGCCCCCAAGGGUGGCCCUGGCUGCUCGGGGAGGAAGGAACUAUCAGGAUCGAGGAGUUCGCCCAAACUGGAAUACAAAGCCGACACAGGCAGCCAGAGUCUGGGGAACACAGAUACCCCCAGGUCUGCCCAGCAGAAGAAUGACAGCCUGGGGUCCAGGCACAAACCAGUGGCCAGGGUCAGCCCACAUCACAGAAGGCCCGAGGCUGAUGCCAGGCCCAGCAACUCAGCGACAGUACACCUGACUGAUGGAGCCGACGACCCAUGUGUCCAGGCCAUUUCCGUCAAAGAGACCAGGACUGGUGUUCAUCCAGGGGGCACUGUGGAGAAGGAAUCUCUGGGGAAGCUGACCAUCAGCGAUGGGCAUGUCCCUGCCAACUGGGGGCCUGCCAGUGCCCCGCCCCACCCAGAUGCUGGCCGCGGCACCGAGAACCUGCUUGAAGCUGCACCAGAGCAGGGGCAACAACCCGGGACAGGACUGGAUGGCCCCCCAGACCUUGGCCCUACCCCAGGGCAGAAGGGGGCAGCUCACCCUGACCCCAGCGAGACAUCAGCGGACACACGGCAAGGCAGGCAGCCUGAGAACCCCGGAGAGCCAGUGUCACCCAGGGUUCCGGAGUCUGAGGACGGAUGUCAAGUCAGACUCGCCCCAGAGCGCAGCUCACCCCCCGGGAAGAUGACAGUGGUUCGGCGUGACUUCGGCAACACUCCAGCAGCCCCAGAAGCCAACUCGCCCAGGAAGGCAGCUCCCCACAGGGAAGGACCUGAGGCAGACGGAGCAUCUCCAGCUAGUACCGUCCUGUCCCCAGACCUCACGCCCCAGGAGGAGAGACAGAGAGUUCCCGGUAACCACAGCAAGGCUCUGCAAACAACAGGAGUCGUCAUUCCUGAAAACUCCCAGGGCUCUUCUCUGCUCAAGGCAGCAGACUCUGGGGCUGAGAGGGCCCCGCAGGCCAGCCCCACCCUGCCGUCCCCUGCUGACAAGGCGUGUGGCAGUGUCUCGGGCCACUGCUGCCCCAGGGAAAGUGGGGGCAGCCCUGUGACUGACAUCGACAGACUCAUCAAGGAGCUGGAUGCCUCAGAACCAAGACUUCAGUCUCCUCAGAGAGGGGAACAGCUGAGUCAAGAGGGACCUUCUCAGGGCCAGCCUCCAGCAGGAACUGGAAGCGGGAGUUCCCACGCUGCUGAGCCAGUCGUGGGGAACCAGACCCCCACCCCAAGGAGGGCCUGGGCAGCUGCUGGCCAGCCUCCUCACCCACAGUGGGCCUCCCAGCCUUCAGUUUUGGAUUCCAUUAAUCCUGACAAACAUUUUACUGUGAACAAAAACUUUUUGAGCAACUACUCUAGAAAUUUCAGCAAUUUUCACGAAGACAGCAUGUCUCUGUCAGGCCUGGGUGACAGCACAGAGCCAUCUCUCUCAUCCAUGUAUGGUGAUGCGGAGGACUCGUCUUCUGACCCUGAAUCACUCACCGAAGCCCCACGAGCUUCCACUGGGGACAACUGGUCACCCCCUCGUUCUCAGGGGUCUUCUCACAAGGAAGACACUGCAGAGUCUGAGGAGGAGCAAAUCGAGAUUUGUUCUACAGAUGGCUCCCCCAAUCCACCCUCAACCACUGCUCAGGCACCUGUCCAGGCUGCACCCUGCCCUGUGUUGGCCAAAGUUCUGCCAUUAAAGCACAGUGCUCUGAGUCAAGUGGUGGGAAAUCCAUGUGAGAGAGCGUCCUUUGUGCCAAGCACCUCAUGCCCUUCAAUUCCAAACUCUUCCCAGCCAUUUUCUCUCUUGGAUAUAAGCUCUUGGGAGCAUGAACUUCAUGCAGACAGAAGGAUAUUACAGAACCCUAGGCCCCUGUGUGAAGAAGAAACCAUGGAAGCCACCAGCGCUAGCUCAGCCAUGGAGAACGGCCAGCCUCCUGAAGUCACCAGGCAUUUUCAUAACCUCCCGGUCACUCUCAGCAAUCUGAACAUGGUAAAUGGUUUAGAACAUGACCUACUGGGUGACAAAACCCCAAAUGAAAAACAAGAGACAAAUGUCAAUGCAACUGAAAACCGGUCCCCCUUCAGUGGGGAUGUCCCUAAGAAUGCAGAAUCCGUUUUGACGAAUCUGCACAUCUCCGAAAGUCAAGACAUGGAUGACGUCCUCCAGAAACCAAAAACGAUCUCCAGGAGGCCCAUCAUGGCCUGGUUUAAAGAAAUGAAUAAAAAUAACCAUGGUACGCAUGCACAGGCCAAAACUGAAAGGGAGCGGCCCAUGGUGCCCGCCAGAAGCCCUGACUCCAAAAGUCAGGGGUCGAGUUCCAGCCAGAAAAAGGGGGUUGCUGGGCUUCAGAGCCCCCCUCAGCUGAAAGUGAGUCUGGAAAAUAAAGACCCACCUAAAAAAGGUUCAGUGGAAACACUUUUAAAUAACUGUCAGAAACCCAAAUCCGGUCCUAAGCUGAAGAGACUGAGCAUCAAAAGCAAAAGCAAAGUCACUUCGGAGGCCCCUGCUGCUCCUAUGGCCAAGGCCGGUGGGAUGGACCCCAGGAAACCCCUCAUUUCACCCCAGACCUCCCACAGAAUGCUUCCUAAGGGCAUGGCCCCCCGGUUCCACACAGCCGAGCACGAGGAGCCGGACAAGAACGCCCCAGCCCCCCCCAGGCCCCCCCAGUGCGUGCUGGAGAGCCGGCCGCCGAAGCCCCCCGCGUCCGAGGCGAGCAUCACAACCUUCGUUUCACCCCACGCCUCCCCCAAGACUCUUCCGGAGCAAGCUGCGUGCCGUAGAUCCCAGGCGGCUUGCCACGCAGAGCCCGACAGAGCCCGCGCGGCCGCCGCCGCUGCCGCCGCCGCCUCUCCCCGCGGUGGACCAGAGAGCAGGGCGCCCCCUGCGGCCUCGGGGGGCAGUGCGUCCACGGCCGCGAACGGGCAGGAGGUACCCCCGCCGGGGUCCAGCCAGCCGGAUCCAGCGCCGGAGGCCGCCCAACCAGGGGUGCCUGGCGACAAAGGAAGCGAAGUAAUUGCUGGCGAUCCCCUAGAAAGAACCAACCAGCUGAAAAUAGUUGAAAUUUCUUGUGAAAGAAUGCCAAAGGAUGCCUGCGGUGACAAGCCAGCCGAGAGUGGCAGACUAGGAGGGUUCUGGGCCCAGAGCAACUGUCAGGAGAAGACUGAAAUCAGACCCUGUCACCAGUCACUGGAGCCGUCCCCAAAUCCUCCGUCGUCGCUCCCAUCUCGUGCCUCCCAGGUGGAGCAGGAAACCCAGCGCUCUUCCAGGAUGGCAAGACUGGCCUCUUCCUCCCCCUCCCCACAGCUGCCUGCUAAAAAGGCAGAUUCCUCCCAGGGGAAGGCGGGCCAGGCGUCAGGCUCCCUAGGGAUGCCCAGGAAUGGCACAGCAGGGGGCCCAGCACUAGAUGACCAUCCGUACUUCACGCCAAGGCCGGCCACCAGGACCUACUCCAUGCCCGCCCAGUUUUCAAGCCAUUUUGGCCGGGAGGGGCAUGCCCUGCACAGCCCAGGCCGCUCUCAUCGGGACAGCCAGAUCCCUGCAACGAGUGGGGGCCUCCUUGAGGCCAAGGCCUCCAGAGGCAGUGUCCUUGGCCUGGCUAAUGGACAGGGUGUAUAUAGUGUAAAGCCCCUUCUGGAGACAUCGAGGAACCUUCCGACCACAGACGAAGGGGAUGUCCUUUUGGUUCAAGAAAGGAGCUGCCUAGUCACAGACAAAAUCAAAGUCACCAGAAGACAUUACUACCCUGACCAGAACUAUGAAUCUACCUCAUUUUUCUCUGUGAAGCAGAGGAUCAAGUCUUUUGAGAACCUGGCCAAUUCUGACCGGCUGGUGGCCAAGUCUGGGGCAUCCCCUUUUUUGUCAGUAAGCUCCAAGCCUCCCAUUGGGAGACGGUCGUCUGGCAGCAUUGUUUCCGGGAGCCUCAGCCACCCUGUUGACCCCACAGCGAGGUCACUGAGACGCAGCCUGAGUUCCUGCAGCGAAAGCCAAAGUGAAGCCAGCACCCUCACCCCCCAAAUGACCAAGUGCCCGUCCAGCACAACGCUGACGGUCUCCCGGCAGAACCCAGCGGGAGCCGGUAACAAGGGCCCUGACUUGGCCCCAAAGAAACCACUUGGUCCUUCUGGAAGUCCCACCCCAACUGCAGCUCCAGCCUCUCCCAGCAAGAGGAACAAGUCCUCAGUGCGCCACACCCAGCCCUCGCCCUUACCCCGCUCCAAGCUCCAGGAGCUGCGAGCCUUGAGCAUGCCCGACCUUGACAAGCUCUGCAGUGAGGAUUUCACGGCAGGGCCUGCCACCGUGCUCUUCAAAACGGAACUGGAAAUCGUCCCCAGGAGGUCGCUUGGCUCUCCCGCUGCAGGCCUCAGUGGGUCCACUGCCCUUUCAUGCCCCAUGAAGCGGGGGGACAGGGCCUGUCCAGGAGGAAGCAACCCUAAAGCCAGUGAGCCUGGGGCACCCAGUUCAGCCCAUCAUGUGGGUGAAACCCCCCAGGAUCUGCCUUCUGGAAAAGGCUGGUCAGUUAAUUUGGAUCAGCUUCUCAUCUCAGUGGGGGACCAGCGAAGACUGCAGUCUGUUUUAUCAUCAGUGGGGUCCAGAUCGACCGUCCUAACUCUCAUUCAGGAAGCGAAAGCACAAUCAGAGAAUAAAGAAGAUGUUUGCUUCAUCGUCUUGAAUAAAAAAGAAGGCUCAGGUCUGGGAUUCACUGUGGCAGGGGGGACAGACAUGGAGCCGAAAUCAGUUGUGGUGCACAGUGUGUGUUCUCAGGGGGCUGCUUCUCAGGAAGGGACUGUGAACCGAGGGGAUUUCCUUCUGUCCGUCAAUGGCGCCUCACUGGCCGGCUUAGUCCAUGGGGAUGUCCUCAAGAUUCUGCACCAAGCACAGCUGCACAGAGAUGUGCUCGUGGUCAUCAGGAAAGGGAACGAUCGGCCCAGACCCUCCAGUGGGCAGGAAGCCAGUGGGCAGGGCCCGCUCUCCAGGAAGGCCAGCACACUGGAGCCUGGUAUAGGGAGAAGCGUACCUUCACACGAUGCGCUGUGUGUCGAAGUGCUGAAGACCUCUGCUGGGCUGGGCUUGAGUCUGGAUGGAGGAAAAUCCUCAAUGGCUGGAGAUGGGCCCCUGUUCAUUAAAAGAGUAUACAAAGGUGGUGCAGCUGAACAAGCUGGAACAAUAGAAGCUGGAGAUGAAAUUCUUGCCAUUAAUGGGAAACCCCUGGUGGGGCUUAUGCACUUUGAUGCCUGGAAUAUUAUGAAGUCUGUCCCAGAGGGACCCGUGCAGCUAGUAAUUAGGAAGCACAGGAAUUCUUCCUAA